AAUCCCUUUUGAAAAGCUGACGACGGCGGAGACGUUUUAAGAUUUCAACUCUUCCUUCUUGUUGACAAGUCUGAUCCAAACGAAAAACAAGAAAAUCCGCAGACAAUAAUAUCAAAAUGGCAGACGAGGAAAGUAAAUCUAGUAUUUGUACAUUUACAUUCAAGAAACGAAGGGCGACAGCCAUGAGAAGAAAAGCCACGACCGAGGAUGACAAAAAAAGUAGCAGCGAAGACGAAACUGUUGUUGCCCGAGCUGGAAAAAAGGAAUCGGCAGGUCUGCUCUCGGCAAAAACGUCCAAAUCCACUAAAAAAUCACGACAAGAAAUCCAAAACAGUUCUGACGUAGAAAUCAAGGAAAAAGUCACAGUUUCCUUCCAGUCUGAACGGACUGUUGAGAAUAAGAAAGAUGAUUUAGCUACCUCUACAGUUCAAAUUGACACUGCCAUCGAUCAAGAUGCCAGGACCAUUUUUGAGAAAUCUUUACAGGUCCAGCAAGAGCUGAAAGGCAAGGCAGAUGACAAGAAAUACCGUGGGUUGGCCAAUUAUGCCCAGUACUACGAGAAAAGAGAUACAGCCCAAGGAAACGCUGCAUCUGCCAAUGUGAGGAAAGGCCCUAUGAGAGCGCCAGCCAACAUCAGGUCAACAGUGAGAUGGGAUUACCAGCCUGAUCUUUGUAAAGAUUACAAGGAGACGGGUUUCUGUGGUUUCGGAGACAGUUGUAAGUUUUUGCAUGACCGUUCCGAUUACAAAUUCGGAUGGCAGCUGGAAAGAGAAGAAAGGGGGAAAGGUGAGCCGGUGGAAGACGACGCAAAGUAUGAAAUACACUCUGACGAAGAAGAGUUACCUUUCAAGUGUUUCAUCUGCCGCGAUUCCUUUCAACAUCCAGUUGUCUCAAAGUGUAAACAUUAUUUCUGUGAAGCGUGCGCCUUGAAACAUUACCGCAAAUCGCAACGCUGUUUUGUUUGCGGCAAACAAACUUUCGGCGUCUUUAACCCGGCAAAGGUGCUCAUUGAGCGGCUCAAGUUGGAAGAAGAAGGAAAAACCUACAAGGAAGCAGACAGCGACGAGGAGCUCAACAACUUGGAAAUCUUGAUGCAACCUUCAGGUUCUGUUGUUGCUAAAAAAUCAGCUGGAACAGCAGCCGAAGUGGAAGAACCCGUCACAGAAAUUGAGCACAUCCACUAUGCCGACGAUGGAGUGGCCGCCAAUGACACGGAUUCCGACGAUGACAGUGACUAAACACAAUCACAUCAACGAUAUUCGUAUACAGCUCAUCUUCUGACUCGUCUUCCUUCUCGACAAGUUUCCAUUGCUCGGCCAGCUGUAGGGUUGCUUUGACGCAUUCGGUUACUUUUGCCAUCUCAGGUGUUUCUACAGUUUGAAGAAAAGAUUAAGUGCGCUGCACAGUCAUCUAAAGAAAUCUGCCCCUACCGAAUUUGGAGAGAACGUCUAAUACCAUAAGCACUUCAGGUACGAGCAAUUUCUCUGCCAGUUCUUUCGAGUGACUGGCAAUGUUUUUCACAAUGACAGCCCCCCGGUAUUGCACGUCUUUGUCUGUGUUGCUCAGUAAAAAGCAUAAAAUCUCUUUCCAUUCCAAA